AUGUCGUUUAAUAGCUACCAGCGAAGAGGAUCGCGCUCAGCGGCACAAGCUACACUAGCAAAUCAAAGUUUUAAUGAGUGUGAGGAGUCUAGUCUUCGCAAUAUCACGGCCCUGGACGAUGUACAUGUGCUCAACAACCCUACAACCCGCUACGAGAACGAAGAAGUAAGCGAGGAUUCAAGGCUGUAUACAAACGAGGUUAAGUCUGAGGAGUUUGCUAUCCUCUCCACAUCGAGUGAAAGAGAAGAAAUCCGAGAACUGGGAUCGCUUGACGGAAAGUUCGCUGUGCCCUCCGAUCCAUCGCAGGCUCCCCUAAAAUCACCCAGCAAAACAGCUCGGAGCGAACAGGUAGCGAUUUCGAACGCCCAGCGUAUCGACGACUGGUGUGUUCAAAAUGACCGCCAAGUGUCAAGUCUUCGCACCCCAACUAACAAAAGAAUCCAGGAAAUCGUUGAAGCCUGGGGGGUCGAAAAUGAUACUCCUUCAGUUGCCAUUAUCACGCCAUUCGCUGACUUUAAAGUGCCUAGUAACCAUUUAGACAACUACACAGCACACAUAUUGGACUUCAUGAGUCCCGCCCAGCGACUAAGGCUUCGCAAUCUCGCAGAGUCCAUGAUGCCGUUAUUGAAAAGGCAACUGACCCCACGGUUUUCGUCCCCUAAGUUCAAGAAUAUUCCUUCUGUUUUCAGCAAUAGAGAAUUGCAACUUCAGUGCUCACUUCAAUUAGAAAUGAUAAGCAGCCUAACGCUAGGCCAAGAUUCGGAUGCGGGAACAUCCAGAUCCCAAAGCGAAACUGGCAGUUACCAAAUGUCCAAUUCCACUUCAGGACUACAGUCCUGGUAUGGGUGGAACAUUGUGGCCCGGUUCACUACAGACCAUAUCUCAGGUUACUGA